AUGGCAAACUGGGAUAUUGUCGCGAUCCAAGAGCCUCACAUCAACUUUCUACGAAAUACCUCCGCCAAUCAUCAUUGGCACGUCCUUUACCCGACCCUACACUACACCCAACCCCAGCUCAGAUCCCGAGCUAUAACCUUAAUUAGCACAAACUUAGACACUAACUCCUGGAAACAGCUCUCUUUCCCAUCGUCGGACGUCGUUGUCGUCCAACUGUCGGGCCCCUACGGACGAUGCACUAUCUUUAAUAUAUAU